AGCAGGUAGAGGCCUUGCAGGUAGUGAAUUAGAAGGCUGCUGCGGAUUUUCAUGUUAAUACCCUGCUGACUACUGCUGCUGGCGUUCCCAGUCUCCUGAGAUAUCUACCGGACCCCCCUCCCCCAGCUCGCAGCUGCUCAACUGUUUUAAAGUGGUGCAACAGUUUCAAUUGCUACUGCAUCUGUCUCUCUCCUUGCUUUAUGCCAAAGUUUUGACCUGCGCAGGCUUCAGAUAUCCACCACUUUUUAAUUCAAGAUACCAGCUCAUUGCUCCGCUAGCUGCUGUGUCUGCAGGCUGCAUCUGCUGAACAACACCAUGCAGAGGAGUCCCCGCUCCGCGCAAAUAACUGCUCAGCAGAAUCACACGUCGUCUAACUUUGACGCCCUCGGAUGCCAUGAGCAGCUGGAUCCAAAGGACAGCAAGGACUCUGAGGACCCCAGAGAAUACUGUUAUGCUUUGCAGAUCUCUACAUGUACCUCCAGAUAACCUGCUGAGUGGAUACCACCCUGUCCAGAUAGGUGACACGUUCAACAGGAGAUAUCAGGUGGUUUCUAAGCUCGGCUGGGGCUAUUUCUCCACUGUCUGGCUGUGUUUGGACCUCAGCAGGCUAGGUCGGCGCGUUGCUGUGAAGGUGCUGAAGAGCGGAGCUGGCUUCACCCAGGCAGGACAGGAUGAACUUGUUCUCCUACGAUGUGCUAGUGGUCCUCCGAGCCGUCACCCCUCCAGUCAAAGGAUCGUUCAGUUGCUCGAUGAGUUCAAGUUGGCCGGGGUCAACGGGGUCCACAUGUGCCUGGUGCUGGAGCUGUUGGGGCCUGACCUGAGAAGCUGGCAGCUAUGUUUUGGGAAUACUGGACUGACGCGGCCUUCAGUCAAACAAAUACUUACUCAGGUUCUACAGGGGCUGGACUACCUUCACACACAGUGUAAAAUCAUUCACACAGACAUCAAGCCUGAGAACAUCCUGCUGCGUCUGGAGGAGCAGUCCCACAAAGUACCAACAGGGGACAGUAGCUCCUCCUCUGUGCUGAUGGGGAAAAAGACAAAGUCCACAGAGAAGGAGCAGGUAAACCCAUACAGAUUAAAAGACAUUACAGUGAAGAUUGCUGACCUGGGAAGCUCCUGCUGGGUGUACAAACAUUUCUGUGAGGAGAUUCAGACCCGUCAGUAUCGCUCGCUGGAGGUUUUACUGGGAUCUGAGUACGGCCCGCCUGCUGACAUCUGGAGUGUUGCUUGCAUGGCCUUUGAGUUGGUCACUGGAGACUCCCUGUUUGAACCCAAAGCUGGCGAGUCCAUUUCUCUGGAGGAAGACCAUAUAGCCCAGAUCAUGGAGCUGCUUGGUAAAAUCCCACCAGCUGUUGCCUUGUCGGGUAAAUACUCUGCAGAGUACUUCAGUCGCAGAGGCGACCUUCGUCGUGUCGGUCCACUGAAGCUCUGGAGCCUCUACAACAUUCUGGUGGAGAAAUACCACUUCCUGUUGGAGGACACCGCUGGAUUCUCACACUUCCUUCUUCGCAUGUUGGAUUACCAUCCUGAGAGGAGGGCCACCGCUGCACAGUGCCUCUGCCACCCUUGGCUGAUCUCCUGAUAGCCUCUUAAAGGCCCGAAAGGCCUCAUCCCCAUCUGUAGUCCUCAUGAGCCAGAUGCUGUCAGCAGCUUGACCUUGACAGUUUCUGAACAUAACGCCACAAACGUAAUCUGUGAGAUCUUAAAAGUGCACUGGGCAUCUUUGAGCUUUUUAUACUAGCGGAAUCCAAAGGGCUAUUUCGAAGACUGUUUGUAUUUCACUGACUUUGAUUUGUGAAUUCCUAUAGACUGUGGUAUUGUCCUUAUUCAACACCAGAUAGAGAAUAGGAUGCUCUUCUCCACUGGAGCCCCAAUAUGCACUUUAUGCUGCUAAGGCGCUUUUUUACAUAGAUCUUCUACUGUAAGCCUUUGACUGCCAGACCUUUGAGUCCUCUAAGUAUCACCUCUUUUAAGGAGAAUAUGAUUAUGUAAUGUCUCUUGCUACACUGACAGACCUGACAAUAAUAGCCAGUGAAGUGUGCAAUUGGAUGUAUACUUUGAGUGCAGCUAUUAUUCAGUGCGGUUAAAUGUUAGUUAUUAAAAUGAUUUUAAAAAUG